AUGCCCUGGAACCCCUUCUCCACCUCCCCCACCCGCUCCUCCUACUCCACCUCCUCGCGCCGCGCCCGCAGCACCGCCUCCUCGCACCGCGCCCCGACAUCGCGCUACACCCGCAGCCCGCGCACCGGCUACCUGCAGUCCUUGUACCGCAAGCUGCGCGCGCUGUGGCGCGACCUAGUCGCGUACGCGCGCCGGCACCCGUACAAAGUGUUUUUCGCGGUUGUUAUGCCGCUCGUUAGUGGGGGCGUGUUGACGAAGGUGGCGCGGGGGAUGGGGGUGGAGUUGCCGGAUCUCGGUGGAGGGGCGAGGGGCGGUGGGGCGAGUUAUUCGGGGGGUUAUGGAGGAGGCGGGAGCCAGGGGGGGUAUUAUGGGAGUCAGGGGUAUGGACCGCCGCCGAGUAGGGGCGGGGAGGGCGUGUUUGGCGGGCUGGAUGUGCAGAGUGUGGCCGGGGGGAUUGGGAGUUUGGCGAGUUUGGCGCAGAUGGCGAGCAAGUUCAUGUGA